AUGUCAAAAAAUAACUUGAACGGCUCCAGGAGUGUGUCUUCAAACAGUUUCAACAGCUUCCUGUCUGAAGGUGAAAUCAUAGAAAGUGGACUGGAGGAUAUAAACAUUGCUACAAAAAAUAAUAGACCUUCCUCUACUUCAAGAACUCAUAAGGCGAAAAGAAUUAGAUUUUACCAUAAUGGCAAUAAAUUUUUCAAUGGUAUUGUUAUCCCAGUGGCUCCAGAAAGGUACAGAUCCUUUGAUAGUCUCACUGCAGAACUCACAAGUAUCCUGACUAGAAGUGUGACACUGCCCAGUGGGGUUAGAAAUGUAUAUUCAAUGGAAGGAAAAAAGGUGUGCAGCAUCGACGACCUCGAGGACGGCAAGGAGUACGUGGUGGGCGGCAAGGGCGAGCCCUUCAAGCGGAUCGAGUACACCAAGACGGACGCGGCGCGGCCGAAGCGGCCGUCGAACGCGAGCAAGUUCACCGUCCACCAUUCGAACUACCAGCACGCGCCGAAGGUGGUGCCGCCCGAUUGCGUCCGCCCGCGGAUCGUGACGAUCAUCAGGAACGGGAUCAAGCCGCGAAAGAUAUUGCGGCUGCUUCUGAAUAAAAGGAAUUCUUCCAGUAUGGAACAGCUUCUGAGUGCAUUCUCAGAAACAGCUCAGUUGGCGGUGAGGAAAGUUUUCACAUUGUCAGGUCAGUCUGUCAAUGAUCUGUCUCAACUUUUCGAAACGGACGAUGUCUUUUUCAUUUACGGUAAUGAAAAAUCAUCUCAGAACGAUUUCGAAUUGGAAUUCGAAGAAAGCAAAGCAAUACAAUCAUACAAAAAGACUCCCGGCCUCAGAAAUGGGAUUUCUUAUAGAGCUGGUCCGAAACCAAAAAUGCCUAAAAAAGAAUUGAAUAGAACUUAUGAAUCGGAGGAAAGCCUAUUGAAGAAAUUAAGUGAAGAUAACAAUUUGAUUCUCCCUGUGCCCUUGAAGGGCAAAUACGUUGUUGGAAGAACAAUAGGAGAUGGUAAUUUUGCGGUAGUGAGAUUGUGUAAAGAUGUUUCAACGAAUCAGGACUAUGCUUUGAAAAUUAUAGAUAAAUCAAAGUGUAAGGGAAAGGAAGAUAUGAUUGAAAAUGAAAUAAAAAUACUUAGGAAAGUAAAUCAUUCUAACAUUAUGUCUCUCAUAGCUGAGGCAGAUACUAAAAACAUGCUGUAUCUAGUUUGUGAAUAUGUAACAGGUGGAGAUUUAUUCGACACCAUCACAGUUGCUCAAAAAUUCUCGGAGGAACAAGCUUCCCUGAUGAUCAAUCAUUUAGUGUCAGCACUAGCCUAUUUACAUAACCUCAAUAUCGUACAUCGAGACGUCAAACCGGAAAAUUUGCUGGUUGAAUUAGAAGAUAAUAGGGUGAAAAUAUUGAAAUUAGGCGACUUUGGAUUGGCUUGCGAAGUCACUAAGCCUCUGUAUACGGUGUGUGGUACGCCGACUUACGUGGCACCUGAAAUACUUGCUGAAUCCGGUUAUGGUCUCAAGAUCGACGUUUGGGCGGCAGGAGUGAUCCUCUACAUCCUCCUCUGCGGUUAUCCUCCCUUCGUCAGCCAAGACAACGAUCAGGAGAAGCUGUUCGACUGCAUCCUCUCCGGCCACUACGAUUUCGCGGACGAGUCUUGGCAGGACGUAUCGCCGUUCGCCAAAGAACUCAUCCAGAACAUGCUCCAGCUCGAUCCGGAUUUGAGGUUCUCGGCCGAGGACGUCAUCGACCAUCCUUGGCUCCAAUUGGCCGAGUGCUAG